CCACUCUUGGGACCUCUACUGUAGCUCUUGUCGGCACUGAGGUUGCUCUGAAUUGGGAAUGGUGUUAUUUUUGAGUUGUCUUGCAGCGUUUUGAUGCUGUUUUUGGAAGAAGUCUGAGAAGAUGAGUUUCCUGGCAAGGUUUGCAGGAAGAGGGAGGUUUCAGCCCCUGGUGUCUGGCCCCUGGAGCAAGCUAAGGAUAGCAGAGGGAAGCAUGGUCAUGGCACGGGAUUUCUUAAGACUGAGAAAACACAAAGAAUGAAUGCAGUGGUAAUUUCGCUUUGACUUUUGCUACGUUGCUCCAGGUUUUAAUUCUUUAUGCCUCUAACUUGGAUACUGGCAUUGGGUGAAAAGUCUCUGCACAAUCCUGCGUGAGUGCUAUCAGCAAUCUGCUCACCCCAAACCUUGCAGCCUGCACUACGUGUGCUCAAUGCACAGAUAAUGUCUUUUCCAUCCAGAGACUCCAGUUACAUUGAGUUUUCACCAGUAGGUGGCAUUCUCUGAGCUGCUUUUUUUUUUCUUCUUCUUCUUUUUAUCUUUUUUUCUUUUUUUAAUAAUAACAAUAAUAAUUAAAGGUGGACAAGGGGAGGGGGGAUGUCAAACUCCCCCUGUACUUGCUGAAGUCUGCAGUAAAGCAAAAUCUCUCUGUUCCUGUUGGGAAGCAACGGUGGUAUUCUCAAACUAAGGGAGAGUGAGGGUCAAAGUCCCUUUAAAAAAAAAAAAAAAGUGAAAUACAGUAUUGUGCAUCUUGAAAUCUGAAACCAAGAAACAGAAGUGCAAGGGAAACAAGGGGGGAAGCCUUGCAAUUCCUGAGGACAACUGUUGCAAGUGGUGUUUUAAGAAGUAAAAUACCUGUCUGUGCAUUUAAAGGGUGUUGAAUGGCUUUUGGGGAGAAGGCUGUGAAAUAAAGGAGAUCAAGGGAAGACUUUUUUUUUUUCCUCUCAUCUUCUCUGGAUAUAAUGGCCAUUGCAAAGCAAAGCAUCGCCAGAUUUGGCUUGAAGUGUUUCUUCUUUGCAACUUUUCUGCUGGUGUGUGAUGGACACAGUGGGAAGAGAGAGAACGGGGGUCCUGCCUGCUACGGAGGGUUUGAUUUGUACUUCAUUCUGGACAAAUCAGGAAGUGUCCUGCACCACUGGAAUGAAAUAUAUCACUUUGUGGAACAUUUGGCCCGUAAGUUCAUAAGCCCUCAACUGAGGAUGUCCUUCAUCGUUUUUUCAACCAGAGGAACAAUUCUGAUGAGAUUAACAGAAGACAGGGAACAGAUACGUCAGGGUCUAGAAGAGCUUCAGAAAGUCCUUCCAGGAGGUGACACAUACAUGCAUGAAGGAUUUGAAAGGGCAAGUGAACAGAUUUACUAUGAAAAUGUUCAUGGUUACAGAACUGCAAGUGUCAUCAUUGCACUGACAGAUGGAGAACUCCAUGAAGACCUGUUUUUCUACUCUGAGAGAGAGGCCAAUCGGUCAAGAGAGCUGGGAGCAACAGUAUAUUGUGUUGGUGUGAAAGACUUCAAUGAAACCCAGCUGGCAAGAAUUGCUGACAGUAAAGAUCAUGUCUUUCCUGUGAAUGAUGGUUUUGAAGCCCUGCAGGGAAUUAUUGACUCCAUUUUGAAGAAAUCUUGUAUCGAAAUUCUGGCUGCAGAGCCUUCCAGUAUAUGUGCAGGAGAGUCAUUUCAGGUUGUUGUGAGAGGAAAUGGAUUUCGACAUGCUCGUAACGUCGACAGAGUACUCUGCAGCUUCAGGAUCAAUGACACAGUCACUCUCAAUGAGAAGCCUUUUGUUGUGGAAGAUACCUAUUUACUCUGCCCAGCACCUGUACUACGAGAAGUUGGCAUGGAGGCAGCUCUUCAAGUUAGUAUGAAUGAUGGUCUAAGCUUCAUCUCCAGCUCUGUCAUCAUCUCCAGCACACAUUGUUCAGAUGGGACCAUCCUGGCUAUAGCUCUGUUGAUUCUCUUCCUGCUGCUGGCACUGGCUCUCCUCUGGUGGUUCUGGCCUCUUUGCUGCACAGUGAUCAUCAAAGAGCCUCCUCCACCUCCUGCAGAAGACAGUGAGGCCUGAAGCAAAACUCCAAAUCAAAACAUGUGUGGACCCAAGUGAGGUUUACGUUUGGGUCCAAUGCUGAAGGUAUUUGUGAAGGCACACAUCUCUCAGAAUAACAUCACUCCAUGCAUCCAUAUACAAACAUCUGGUUUAUUUUCCAAGUGGCCGUUUCUGUUUAGGCUGUAUGGAUAUCCACUAGUUUCACCAGCUUUGAUCCUUAGAAUGAAAAGGAAAAUACUUGUCUAAAAUUGCACAUGCUCUGUUCAGCAUCACACAUGCCUCCAAGCCGAGGGACUCAAUUGCUGAAGUUAAUUAAAAUACAUCAUUCUGGAAUGCUGGUUCUCUGGCCAACGACUGGAAGGGGAAAUUACAUCUCUGUGCUAAGUAAGAAGGCAUACUUCAUGUAUAUGGAAGCCCUUCUAAAACUAGUAAGUGUUGCAAAAGCUAACCAGUUGCUGCAAAAUUGAGCCAGUUGCAGCAGACCUCAGGUUCAUUCUGGUUAAACUGUAAGGAUAUCUCUGGACGUGUUGUAUUUUCUCUUUGAUUCUGAGAGGAAGAGUCCAUGCAGCUCUUAGGAUGGAACAGGCCUCAGUUCAUCAGUCUGUUUCAGAGCUUACCUCUAACAAUAUGUUUGCCAGUGGCUUCUCUGCAGAGAAACAGCAAAAUUGCAUUAAUUUGCUACCUGUAGCUUACCUGCUUCCCUCUUAAUGCACUCUAUACAGUAUUCUAGAUGUUGUUCCUACUGUUUCUGUUUUGGGACCCUGAGAUGAGGGGAUUUAGCUGCAACAAUCUGCUGACAUAGAGACUAAUCUGAUAGCAGAUUAGAAGAUUCCACGUGUACUUUCCACCAUAUCAUAUCCCCUAAACUCAGUACUCAGUUAUUCUAAAACUACCUUGUACAAUCAGCAGCCAAAGGAAAACACACUAUUAUACUGUUUCAGAAACUGGAAAGCAUCAGAGCAGUGCUCAGAGAUCAGUAACACUUGGAGCUGUAACUUCUGUGUUACAUGUUUUCUCCUACAGAAGCCUUCCACUGGUGGAAAAACAAUAGGAGCUCUAAAAAGAUGCAGUUUGUUGAUUUCAUUUACUCUUGCAGAGCUGGAUCCAGAGAGUGGGAUUGACAGUAAUAUGAUGAUUUCAGAGAGGAGUGAAUACUCCAGAUUUUUUACUUUGCUAAAAGCGAGUAGAAGAUGGAGUUGUUUUUCUUACAAUUUGUGAAUAGCUUUCUCCCUUGUAGAAAUCAUAGUAACUACUCAUCUCCAGAAUGAAAAAGUGCUAAUCCCUUAAGCAGCAGCAUUGCAGUUACAGUAUGAUUCUUUUAUUCUAAAAGCCUUGGCAAAAAUAAGACUUCUUGCAUCAGCAAAUUUGGGAGCUGAGGCCCAUAUAUAUGUCUUUGCGCUGCAAGGAGAAUGAAUUAUACCAUAACAAUGAGGGGAAAGCAGCAUUGCUGUCAGAAACCCACCAAAGGUUUUAUUGAACUCUGCCUUGAAGGCAUUUUGAGACAUGUUGGAGACACGCUCGUUGGUGAGGGAAAUCAUUACUGACUAGAAACUUUUAGUUAACAAUUAAUUAACAAUUAAUUCAUUUUGAAAUCGCAAAUGUUGUCAGCUCGCCGCUGCGUUCUUCAGACAAUGCGGGAUGCUGGAGGAGGCUGACCCCAGAUGAAGGACUGGUUUUAGAGCCAGGAAGGAUUGAGUUAAUACUAAUCGGAAGAGGUGAAUGCCUUGAGGAGUCAGUGAGCACCUUGCUGGCCUGCGAUUGACUCGGUGAUAGUGGAUCAAAACUGCAUUCUUCUAUUCCCUGUGAAUAGGAAGGCUCUUUCUAUCCAUGCUGGAGGAAGGCACAGCUGCUUUUGUUCAAGCGCCCAUCACUUUCAGGCUGGGCUUAAUGGAACAACUUACUGGCUUAGAUGAGAAGUGUACCAAGAAGCUGAAGUUGGUUCUCAUUAUUGCAACCCAUCUUCUACAGAGAGAAAAAAGAGGCAUUUUGCAGGGCUUUCCAUCUUCCAGCAAUUUCCUUUUCACUACCUGACCUACGCCAGGGCUCUGCUACUGGGCUGUUCCAUGGGACAAGUUCUGAUUGUGUCAUAAGGUGCACUCCCCACUGUCCCCAGGAGGCACAUGCUCUUCUCAUUGCUUUCCUGCCCUUCUAAACACCAGGCAAUGUCAACGUAGAAUCACAGAAUCACCAGCAUUGGAAAAGAUGUCUAAGAUCACCCAAUCCAACCCACUAAACCAUGUCCUAUGUGUCCCAUUACAUCUAAACAUGUGCUGUUCUGUUGUGACUGUGCUUUUUCCCGCAAAAUGGAUUCAGGGACACAAAGUGCCCUGAAACCUGGUAAAAUCAGGCAGGACACCGACCAGAUGACCUGAGUACACCCUCUCCUCAUCAGUAAAAGCCAGUUUUUCCAUGCUGCUCAAGCCCAGGCUCCACAGUCACUCCUACCAUGGUGCCAGGAUCAAGCCACCAACCACCAAUUGGAUAAUCGUUUUGCCUGUUGUCACCCUCCCCACAUACACCAAAAUACACAUACACAAGAAAGUCCUGGAGGGAAAGCACCAUUCGGCAGCACAGUCAUGAGAUGCUGAAGAUAAUUAUUGCUGUCAUGGAAAGCCUGCAUGAAAUGGAGGAUUUUAACUCACUGCCUGGCAGCUACUGUGAAGUCAGCAGAUGAAACCUUCUGUUCAUCUUGAUCUCUUUGUGAACUAAUUUCUUUCACCCACAGCUGAACAGUCACAAAGCCAAUGAAUGACUUACACGAAUGGAGCUGCUUGCACCCUCACUUAUUGUUGUUUAUUAAUCCUUUCCAAACCACUCUUUCUUCCUGAAAAGCCUUGCUGGGGAGAUAGCAAAAUCAGCUCAGAGAAGUUCAGAUGUAAUUUUUUGUGGACACCAAGGCAGGAAAUGUAUUCUGUUAUUCCUGAAAUAAAGCCAGGUUGCAGCAGUAUGCCAGCUCUUUUCCUUCCCCUUUCUUCCCCUUUUACAAUGUGUUGUGGAUAUUUGGGAGGAGGAGAAAAGGAACCUUUUGAGAUACAGGCAUUUAAAAGAAAAAGAGCUAGGAUGUUAUUGGAAACAAAUGAGGUGUAGGCGGUACUUCUUGAAGGUGUGGUCUUUUAUAACCAAAUUUAAUGUGAAAUAUGUAGGCUGAUCCAGCACAACGUACUCGACUAGUGUAGAGGCAAUGAACUGUGGGAUGUAUUCCCCAUGCACUGCAAGGUGGGGACAUAAAUCUGGGGACUUAGGGUAUUUUGUUCUGUAGGACAAUUUCCUCUGUGACUUCGGGUAUGUUAUUUCACUUUUCAUCUUGCUCAGCAUCUGAGCCGUAGAGUGAGAAUCGUUCAGUGUCUCUUCUCCUCUAUCAAUACAGGGGUUCUCUUUUAGUUAUGUCCCAUGUACACUUUACCGUCUGAGGAUAUAUUCUUCAAGCAGGAUCUUUACCAUGGAUAAACCAGGAAUUCCGUGAUCAGUAAGACCAUUAAAUGCUGGUUUUCUAAGCAGUUUUGUCUCAAGGAUAGUCAAAUAGGUGGAUUUUCUGGUGUCUAACAAGAGCUGAGCUCUCUCUUCAGCCUGCUCCUUAGUAGAGCACCAGUAGAGCAUCUUUUCUUUGAUGUUCUUAUGAUUUUUUAGUUCUUUAUGACAAUACUCUGCAGGCUUGGCUGGAAGAGGUGGAGAUAAGAGAAACACCAAGGGCAUGUUCUUGCAGAAUGACUCAGGGAUGGUUAAGACUGGGCAGAGUUUAUCCGAUUGUGAUGCCUGGUCCAUGAAAGCAAAAAUUAAAUGUUUCUUAAGAACCAAGAAAAUUGUCCUCCAAAUCUAACAGUGCCUUUGCAUCUAGGAGGUGGCCGUGCAAUUUGGAAGUGGGCCUGGUGUUGGGAACAGGGGUUGGAGUGUAGGAAGCUGCAAUCCAGGAGGAUGACGAAUUUUACAUCCAGGUUUCCUCUGCUGUAAAAUUAAAUGAUAACAACAAUUACUCAGAGGUUUGACUGCCCCAUGUCAUACAGUGCUUUCUGCAGGCAGAGCUCUAUAAAUGCUAAAUUCUGACAACAUCCAGGCUUUGCAGAGACAACUGUGAAAAUAAUUAUAAGGGUGGGGAGAGGAGUAAUUUGUCCAACCUUUUAUAUCUGACCAAUUUUAGUUUGAAUUUUUACCCUGAGUGGUUCCAUGUCCCUUGUGAAGCCUGAAUUAUCCUUCUGUUACCCACAGAUGAGGUACCGUCGGGUCAGGGUCAAAGCAUACAGAGCCCAGCAUGGCCUCUGAGAUAAACACAUCUUUGUUUUCUGAAAUCCAGCAGUGAUGAACCUGGAUCUCUGACAGUGAAAUGUAGCUCUGUCCUUAUUAUUUUGUAAAAGAAACUCUAGCUCCAUCUAAAGCAGA